CUGUAACCAAGUGCGUGAGGGUACUCCCUUUAGUACUUGCGUGGCAGCGCUCCGCAUUCAGUGCGAGUGUGUACUGCAGGGCCUGCGUCCCAUUAUCAUGCUCUCCCCUCUCCCGUUAGAUACUAGCACUGCCUUCCGAACCACUAAUCUCAGUUGAGUGUCCCUGCUUUCUAAACAUAAAGAAAAAACACAUUCGUACUUCUCUCCGCGGAACCUGGUGCAUGUAGUGUGUGCGUAAAUCUGUCGGUGGGAGAGCAUGUGAGAGAUGACCUCAGGUCCAACGCAUUCAGCUGAAAGCUCCUCUACGAUAUUCUUGACUGGAGAAAGCGGGAACUUCUUCCGGCGGGAGACGAUGACGUGACGUCCUUUUCGUCGUCGUCGGAAACCGAUCUUAAUCGUCGUCGUCGUCAUCAUGCAAGAGGAGAGCAGAAGAGAGAACAGCAGCAUAAUCGGGAAGACAAUCGAUAGCAACAGCGACAAAGACUCAUGCGAGAUGGGAGAAAUGAAGCAACCGAGUCCUACCUCAUCGAAUUCCUCGUGUUCCUCGUCCUCGGGAACAGGAGUAUUGGACAUCUCGAAUCCCACCAAUCCACUCUCCCACCUUCCAAGCUCGAGUCGAGAGAUGCGAAAUCAGGCGGAGAAGUUGAGACGAGACAAACUGAAUACCUACAUCAGUCAAUUGGCUCUCAUCGUCCCCACCGUUGGGCUAGCCAAUAAACGACUGGACAAAAUUUCCAUCCUUCGUCUCGCCGCCAACUUCCUCCGCAUUCAUCUUGGUCAUUCCGUGUGUAACGAGAUGCCAUUCAUCUCUUCCCAGAGCUUGAACGGGUUUCUUCUCGUCGUCACGGGGCUCGGAAGGAUCAUCUACGUCUCUGAUGGGGCCGAGAAACUUAUGGGGCAUUCUCAGGUGGACCUGAUGGGCCAUUCUCUCUACGAGAUCGUGCACCCAGAGGAUCAAAAAUUGGUCGCUCAUCAUCUUCGAACCGAGAACGGGUCGGGGUAUCGUUCCUUCUACUGUCGGCUAUCGGAGAGAACACUGAGCCGAUCGGAUCCAGGGCGCUGGGUCCUCAUGUCCGUCACUGGUCACUAUCGACCCUGGAAUGGACAUCGAAAGGCACGCCCUCAUCAUUCCGACGACGGCGAGAACUGCAGCAGUCCGUCGACGGGAAGCGAUUGGAUGCUGGUUGCCAUAUUAUCACCUGUCCGGGCUCCAUCCAUCGUCGAGAUCUCCCUCAUUCAAGCCAUCCAGGACGAGUACAUGACCCUUCACGCCAAGGAUGGACGCAUCGUCAACGUUGACCAAAGGAUAUCUGUGGUUGCUGGAUACACGGUCAACGAAGUACUGGGCAAGAACGCUUUCAGCUUCAUCUCCCCUGAAGACCAGCAGGUUGCUUAUAUCGCCUAUAGCCUCAUGCACAAUAGCUCGGAUGGGUCGGGAUUGGUCACCUACCGCCUGGUGACAAAAUCCAACCAAUUCAUCUACAUGCGCUCCCGAGGUGUCAUGGAACCAAACCCCAAAACUCUGGAAAUUGAACAUUUCGUCUGCAUCAAUACUCUACUCAGUGAGCAAGAAGGGGAAGCAGAGUACCUGAAGCAGUUACAAAGAUUGACUCCGUUUGUCCCGGUGGGAGCUGGAAGAGCAGCCGCGGUUUCCAAUCCCACCAAUCCUCCACCUCUGCCGCUUGGAACGCCUGGAGGACCAUCUCCUUCAAUUAUGCAAUCUCUCUCAUCUUACUCUUAUCCUCCGAAUGUCCCGGUGCCCUGGGUACCAAAACCUCAUCUCCACGCUCCCAAGAUCUCCGAGCAUUUUCCUCUUCACGCGCAGAUGAAUGGGGGAGAAGCUGGACGAAUGGGAAGUCGAUGGGCGAUGGAGGAACCUCGAAGUUGUUUAUACGAUCCCCUAUCUACCUCUUCGGACUCCCUCAUCUCAUACGGAUCCUCCUCUCAUUUGAAUUACCACAAUCAGCAUCAGCCUCAGCAGAAUCACCUGUCCUGUCACCAUCACCACCACCAGGACCAUCAUAAUCCAAGUGAUUGCAGUGAAGAAGAGACGGAGUAUAGCAGCGGGACGUCGAAUUCCCCAAGUCCGGGGGGAGGUAUCAAUAACCACUGGUCAUGUGUUCAUAACGGGAACAGCUUGAUUAAUCAAAACUGUGCUAAGACGAAUUUGACCAGAAACAGCAGUAGUAGUGCCGAUCUCAAGCGUCGAUCUCAGUUCAUUCAGGAACCUCAUGGACUGACCAAGUUCCCUCGACUCAUCGAAUCAAAGGCUCACUCAAACUCAAAUUCUCCAUUCCAUCUGAACCCUCACUACACCUCACUAUAAUCCCUCCUCUUCCGUUUCUGCGAGCAUUCACGGGUUUCUUUUUUGUUUCUUCUUGUCUCCAUCAUUUCCCCGAUGAGUUCCAUUUCAUCAAUGGUACAACUUGGUGUCACCUCCCGCCUGGAUCGCUCAACCGGGUUUCAGUUGUUCCCAUAAAGCCACCUCAUUUUAUUUUUAACUGUAUAAAGUAGCCAUUAAAGCAGCCG